AUGUUGCGCUUCCUUGGAUUCUCUUCACCAACUAUCGACGCCAAGCCAGAGCCUUCACGAAGUCUUCCAGCUUCGUGGUACAGGUCUCCAGAAUUACACCAGCUCGAGAGAAGGGCAAUUAUCUCGAGAAAGUGGAUCUUGGUGACGCAUUCGCUGAGAUUCAAGCAAGCGGGCGAGUUUGUCUCCUUCGUCUAUGCCGAUUUCCCAUUCUUCCUCGUCCAAGAUCGCGACGGCAACAUCAACGGCUUUCACAAUGUUUGCCGACACCGCGCAUACCCUGUCGUCGAAAAGCGCUCCGGUAAAGCGAGUAUUCUGAGCUGCAAGUAUCACGGUUGGUCGUACGGUUUCAAAGGCGAUCUCGCCAAAGCGCCGAGGUUCGAUACGGUAAACGGUUUCGAUAAGAGCCAAAAUGGCCUCCUUCCGAUCCAUGUUCGCGUGGAUCCCGCCGGCUUCAUCUGGGUUAACCUCCAAGCAGGUGAACCAGACGUCAAGUGGGAAGACGAGUUUGGCGGUGUCUACCAGAAGCCGAGGAUGCAAAACUUUGACUUUGCCGGAGGCUACAAGUACGACCAUGUCUGGGACAUGGAAUUGGAGGCCAACUGGAAGGCGGUCAUUGAGAACUACAACGAGUGCUACCAUUGCCCAACGUCGCAUCCCUUGAUUGCGGGAGUGUCGGACUUGACGAAGUAUCAAGUUCAACCAAGUGGAGGAUGCCUGGAGCAUGAGAUCAUCAACAAGAAAGCCCAAGAUGAGGAUGAUGAGUUUCGGCGCUCGAUCACAUUCUUCUACCCAUCCACAUCAGUCACAAUCACCCAGAACUUCUUUUACAUCCAACGAAUGAUUCCAAUCAGUGCAACCAAGACUCGUAUUGAGAAUGAAGUGUACCGAUCUCACACUGCCACCGAUGCCGAGUUCACCGCCAUCAACGCAUUCUACAGACAGGUUCUGGAGGAAGAUCGAGAAUUGUGCAUCGGAGCGCAGGAGAACCUCAGCGCCGGCGUGUUCAUCAGCGGUGAGCUGCAUCCAGAAAAGGAGAGAGGCCCUAUCCACUUCCAAAACACUGUUCGAGAAGAAGUCAUGAAACACAGGCAAAGGGAACUAGAACAAGGGGGCAAAGAAAUCUGGCCAGCCACUCCGGACUUACUCGGAGACUUGGGCACGGGGAAGUUGAGCGAGGACGAAGCUUUCUGCUCGGAGCUUGAGAAAGCAAACUGCGGCGGACGUCAGGAGUUGGCUUGGUGA